UCUGGCAGGGCCGAAGGGCUGACAGUGACGGUGGGGAUUUGCAUUGCACCCUGGAGCCUCGUUGACAUAUGUGCGGAGAUGGAAGCUAACUGGCUGUUCGGGUUGAAUGGGUCCCCAAAGAGUAUUUUUCAUGGUGCAUUAUUAAAGCCUGUGCGUGUGUGGGUCCGUGAGUGUCGCAUGAUUUCACCUGCAAACGAUAUGCCAAUGAAGCAGCAAGGAUCAAAAGAAAGUUCGUGUUUUGGUUUAGAAAAAAAAGGGGCCAUAUGUGCUGGCCGGGAACGAUAAGGCAGGCCCUUGUGCAGUGUGUGAGUUGCAGAAGUUGUGGCAGUUUGUCCGAGUGCGAUCGGUAGCUCAUCUGCCCGUACUCCAAAAGUUCAGUGUUCGUGAAUGCUGGCAGAUAUCGUACCGCUUAUCUAAUGUGUGCAAAGAGAGCAAUCCAAGCGGGAUAGUGUGACCGCGCUAGUACGAGACCUAUCCCGAAAGUUAAGUGACCUACGGGCCAAAGAGAAUUUUGCAGGGCGAAAAACGAAGCACACCAAGAUUGACAGCAUUUGUUGCUGGGAAAGUGACAGCACGAGAGCUCGAAAGGCAGCACACUACAUGCCGCCCCGUACGUAGUGCCGAGCACUGGUAUCGCCUUCAUUUGCGCGCGCGAGGUAUUAGUAAGAUCCCUUUAUCCUCGCGGCGCUCGUUGGUGGGCAGCGCACCGUACGCUGUGGGUAGUCGCGGCGGUCCGGCGGUUCAGUGGCAGCUAAUUCGUGGCGGACUAGCUGUUUCCCAAAAUACUGACACGCUCUGGGACGGGACCGGCGAUGGGUGUUGUGAGCGCAUGGGCUCGCACACACCACCAACCAGGUCCACACACAACGCACAUCCGUGCAUUCAAGUACGCGGACCGAUCUUCUUUCGCUCGUCGGUCUCAUCAUCAUCAUCAUCAUCGUCGUCGACUUGCCCCUGCUCACUCCGGUCCUCCUCUGGUUCGCCUGCGGUUGCGAACAAUUCGCGGCGAGUGAAUCGCGCACGAAACAACAACCGAAGCGAACGAAAUAUUGCGCUAACCAAGUCCAUUCGCGAUGGCGGGAGCGAGCGCGCUGCAGCUGAACCUAUUCGUUUAGUUUUUCGUCUCGCUGUACUUCUGCCCGUUUGGAUAUCGCAUCCGCCCCCCCGUGGAUGCCUCCCCCUUGGUGCGAAGUGGUCGGGAAAUUUGGGGAUUGUUUUUCCGUCCCCCGACGGUGGUCUCCCGAACACGAUUGUUCACGGUAUUGUUUCAAACUUCAAAUGUUUUCACCCGCAGGCACCGAGUGCCUCAAACCUACUGUGUGCUUUACGCGUUCAAGAAAUCUGGCAACUCUCAGGUUAAUAUUCCUGAUCUCCUCAUAUUCCUGAGGAUGGCAAUGGGACAUCCAGACGCACCAGAGGUACAAAAGUUUUCCGGAGAUACAUCGGGAGGAUUCCUGCAACUUCUGAAACUUUUGAGCUCGGCACAGACUACGAUCGUCCUGGUUUUUUGGUGAACGAUAUCCGAAAAGCGAGGGAACAGGCAAUGAGUACACCAAACGAAGGGGAGCUCUCGGCGACGAGUAGUAGCUAGCGGUGUGAAGAGGACAGCAACAUUACAAACAGUUGAAGCUUAUGUCAAUGUCAGUUGGGUACAAAUUAUACACAGUUUAGUAGUCCGUGAAUAGGCUAGGCUACAACUCGCCAGUCAGCAUUGUCGGUGUUCGCGGACGCUUCGAUACGCACAUUGAGCAUCGUGAGGCCUCGUGAUCUAGGUUAGGUUUUACGGCAGCCAGAGUGGUAACACACCCUACCCCACUACAUCGCCCUACAUCGCCUUUCGUACGUGCCAGGAUACGUCCGUGCAAAAAAAAAAACCCGAAAAUAUAGUGUGCGAGUGCGUGCGAGUGUGUGUGUGUAACAGUGCAUCAGGAAGUCCUGCAGUUGGUGUGCGUCCGAUUGUCUCCAGAGUCCUCGCUAUGCACCAGUGCGUUCGGUAUCGUGCCAGCUGCAGUACGCGCUAGAUCGUCCCACUACUGCGAUGAGUCGACCAGUUCCGGUGUUGCUGCAUCAGUUCGACGUAGAUGAGGACAACGGCGACGAGGACGAAGCGUGUUGCAAGUGCGUAGUGCAUCAGCCGGCUGCGGUCGAUAGCGGAGCGCAGCAGAUAUCAGUUAUUGCUUAUUAUUGUGACGACGGUCAGUGCCAGCGAUUGCGACAACGUUGGCAGCCGAAGCAGCAGCAGCAGUGGCCACGGAGCACAAGCUGCCUGGUGGUUUAGUGAGAAGAGAAAUGAAAGAUGGCGCACACGGCGGCAAUGCAGGCGGGCGGCAGUUCGGUCGCGGCGGCCGCUCGUGCCGAUAGUACACACAUUAGCGGCGGUCGGUACGAUUUCGAAGACGGUGGAACAUUCUGUGGUGGCUGGGAGGAUAACAAGGCCCACGGCCACGGAGUUUGUACGGGUCCAAAGAACAAAGGUGCUUAUUCCGGAGCAUGGCAUUACGGUUUCGAGGUGUCGGGGAUUUAUUGUUGGCCAAGUGGAUCCACGUACGAGGGACAUUGGCAAAAUGGAAAAAGACAUGGGCUGGGUAUUGAGGUUAGAGGCAGAUGGGUGUACAGAGGCGAAUGGACGCAAGGUUUCAAGGGCCGGUACGGUGUGCGACAGAGUGCAUCAUCGACGGCCCGGUACGAGGGAACAUGGGCCAACGGGCUGCAGGAUGGUUACGGAUCAGAAACAUACGCCGACGGAGGCAGCUACCAGGGACAAUGGCAGCGUGGUAUGCGGCACGGAUACGGUGUCCGCACAUCGGCUCCAUUCGGUAUGGCCGCCCGGUUUCGGCCAAAAUCGGUGCGCGUGUCGAUGACCUCGCUGCGAAGUACCGACGGUGGCAAUCAGGCACCGACGCCAGAUCCGGGCGAAAAGCGCAACCAUCGGAUCGAUGAUGCGCGCGGUGGCUUCGUGCUGAAAGCGAAAUCCGACGAGACGCCGGUCCGCCGGAACAGUUUGGUAGAGAAAACCAAGAAAGGACUUUUAUCGGGACUCAAAAUUAGGAAACAAAAAAGUACGGGCGAUUUGGAGAAACGUGGCACGGGCACGGGUAGCAUUCGAUCUACGGCGUCAACCGCGUCCUGGUUGAGUACGGAAUCAUCACAAUCAGGAAUGACAAAUAAGACAAUGCACACGGAUUCCAAUGCAAGCUUUAUAGUAGAGGACGAACAGUUGGAUGCGAGCGUGGUGGAAACUUACAUGGGCGAAUGGAAGAAUGAUAAGCGAUGUGGAUAUGGUAUUUCGGAGCGCAGCGAUGGAUUAAAGUACGAAGGAGAGUGGUAUGCGAAUAAGAAGUACGGUUACGGUGUGACUACAUUUAAGGAUGGUACCAAGGAGGAGGGCAAAUACAAGAACAACGUGUUGAUCACGAGCCAGAAGAAGAAGCACCUGUUCUUGAUCCGGUCGGCCAAGUUCCGCGAGCGGAUAGACGCGGCAGUCGACUCGGCCCAGCGCUCCUCCAAGUACGCCCUGCAGAAGGCGGACAUUGCGAUAUCGCGCACGGCCACGGCCCGCGGUAAAGCCGAGCUGGCCGAUGCAGCCGCGGACGAAGCGCGGGCCGAAUCGGACCUAGCAAUCCGGAUCGCGCGUGACUUCGCGCCCGACUUCAAUCCGUCCCUGCUGGAACGAUUCGAUCGGUUGCGGCGCAACCGAGUCUACCCACUGCCGGACAGUGUGAAGCUGAACGAGCUGCCGGGUCGGACGGCGGGCGGCCAGGACGAGUACGGUGCACACCAGCUACACAACCACGCCAACAAAAAGGAGGUGGAGCUGGCGAACAUGAAGAAUGCGCUGAACAGCCCGUUCGGGAUGGGAGGCGCUGCCAACCAGCGCAUGUCGAACUACUACGACCAGAAAGGACCAAACACGAACAGUUCCAUGGGAGGUCCGAACGGGCCGAUCGGAGCUGGCGGUAUGCAGCAAUCGUCGAUGGGACACUACGGUUCCGCGAUGGGUCAAAGCCAUGACCUUUCCGGGCAGAACGUAGGCUCGCGGCUUAUGGACGAAGGGCUGCAGUCGAUGUACAACAAACCAUCGGGACCUGCCCAGCAGUAUGGUGCGGGGGGCGGGGCCGGUGGCUCCGCCAACUAUUACGGAGCCAGUGCGUCCACCACCAAGGGCCCGGCCGGUGGAAUGUUGUCGAACGCGAAAUUUUCCUACGAACAGAGCUUACAGUCACGGGACGAUCCGAUGAUGGGAUCGGGCGUUACGAGCCCGAGACGAACCUCCAUGAUGCAGCAGCAGGCACCGUCGUCGAUGUACGGCGAACCGGCCAAACAGAUGAACUCCUCCCGUCCAGCUCCAUCGCUCGGAGCAAUCGGCAGUCAAUCGUCGAUAGACUACUUCGACCACUACAAGCGACCCCCGAGCAGGGAUGGUUCGGUCGAUCGGUACACUCGGGCCGCCAGCAAGCUGGGCGGUGGCAUGAGCUCACGCCAACCGUCGGUGGAGAAGACGGGCCCAGGCUAUAUGGCCAAUGCGGGCGCUGUCGAUGGUGCCGAAGUUGCCGAGCGCGUCAGCACGCUAAGGCGCGGAUCGCAGCUAAUGUCGGGUGCGACCACGAACAGUUCCAUUCCCACGAACGCCGGAAUGGGCAAUGGUAGUGUGCGGCCGGGAUCGCGGGCAACUACACCGCUGCAUCAGCUGCACGGCGCGGACAUGGGCCAACAGUCACAGCAACCGUUCGAGGAUGUGUUGCUGCGACAACGAACUCUCGGACAGGACAUUAUUCCUUCGAUGACGCAGCCGAAACGCACCGAAAGUCUAUACCUAUCGAAACCGGCCAUCAACAGUGUACCGAUGGGUGGUGGUGGCGGUGGUGGCGGUGGUGGCUUUGGCGGGGGCGGCGGCGGCGGAGGCGGUGGCAUGAGAUCGCGAGGAGGCGGUGGUGGUGGAGGCGGAGGAGGCAACGGUAUGGCAGCGUUUAGCAGGGAGCCUAAGAGUAUUCCAGUAAAUGCAACUCUACAGAGGAAGAAAUCAUUACCAGACGUACAACAGCUACCGUUCUCGACCGGUGCCAUGAGCCGAGAGGAGGUGUCGAUCCUUGGCUCUGCUCGGCGCGAAGAGGUCCGGCGACUGAGGGAUGAGCAGGAGCGCUUACGAGUUAAUCCAUUGUUGUAUCUGGUCAGUCCACAAGUGAGGGAUUGGUUCUCGCGCCAGCAACUGGUCAUGCUAGUGCUGAUCGUUAAUAUUGCCUUGGCUAUUUUAUUCUUUAAAAUACUCACAUAGCGUUGGCUCAGUCCAUGUUUGCAUUUCAGCAUGUUUCUAAGAAAGGUGGCACUAUAGAAUAGCCGAAAGCAGAAAUGAAGAUAAUAUUUAAACGAACAUUAUGGGAUAACUCUUGUCGCAGCAGCAGCGCUACAAAGCAACAAAAAAAACCAAAACAUGCAAAUGAACAAUGUGUCCCCCUCUACCCAACAGGAAAAAAAAUCGUAAGCAACAAACCAAAAAUCAAGCUGAAAAAUACUCGCGCACAGGACACAAACCACACCACACACACACAACAAAUAGACAGACGAAGACGAAACUAUUUUCCGCCCGCUGCAUCCUUUUUGCAAAUUGUGACCAGUUUUUUCUUGGAACGUCGGAGACCUUCAAAGCCAAAGGCGACAAACCGGCGUCUGUACACUAAGUAGCGGAAGUAAGGAAGGAAGGACAAAUAUUUCGAGUAGCGAGUGGGAGGCGUAACGCGAUGUUUAAAGUGAGGCAAUCAAUUAGUGAGCGGCAUGGAGAUGAAAUCAAUAAAAUUGUUUAUCUUUGUGCAUCAAUCAUCAAACCUUCGCAAUUACGAUCCAUCCUUUUACCUACGUAAAAUAUAUUGAAAAAAAAAACAAACAGAAAACUGAAGAAGGAAACGGAUAUACUUAAACCGUAACACCGAAUAUAUAGUCAAGAAGGGAAGGAGUGCAAAUGAGAAGCAAGGAAGGAAGCAGGAGAAAACAACAGCCGCAACAACAACAACAACAAAAAGAAAACGAAAACACGGCUAGAAACACAAAGCAAGCGAUGUGUGAUUGCUGAAAUUGGAAAAAAGAGAAGAAAACAGAAGAAAACAAAUGAAAAAACAAAAAACAAACUUUGAAAACAAAUUAAUGAACCAAAACUUUUCAAGUUCACAAUAGUAAAAAAGAAAAAGAAAGGAAAACAAACAAAAAAAAACAACCCUGGCAUGAAAUGCAAAUAAAAGGAUUAGUUAAAAAUUUCGAUCGAACGAGUAACAAAAAUGGUAAAAACGGGAAAGAAGGAAGCAGAUAUAUAUAUCGACCGAUAAAAAGCCUAUACAACUAAAUCAAGGACAGCCGAGAGAAGAACAAAAACCAAACCUAGCUAAACCAAUUGAUAAACCCGUCAGGCGCGUGUUGUGCGCGGAAAAGUGAACAGUCUGCGUGCAGAUGCGAAUGCCAAAUCUUACAAAGAGAAGGAAGAAAAAAAACUUUGUUAACAUAAUUUUUAGCAAAAAAAAAAAAACGCCCGUCUCAAAACACGUACGAACGGGCGCGAAUCCAACCGAAUCCAGUUUAAAUUAUUUCUUUCGUUUUUUUGUUCCAAAACCAAAACAAGGAAUAUUCAAAUUUUGCUUAAGGUCUCAAGCUCUUAAGAUUCUAAUAAACAAAAAAAAAGUAUGUUGAAUUUUUUCCA